AUGGCUGACAUGAAGGAAUCACUGGACGAACUCAAACUUGGAGAUGGAACUACAGCUCCCGUAGUAGCUACAACACCUUCGCUACGUGGUUUCAAGGUUCGUUCGUUCGUCAGGACUUCUUCCUGGUUAGCCUACAAAAUCCAGUUCGAGGCUGUCACGAAGGCGAAUGGCUGGAAUAAAAGUCAGGCUAUGACUGCUCUCACACUAGGCUUGCGCGACCAGGCUUUAACAGUUCUGGAAGCUCUCGGUGAGGAAGUGACUUAUGAGCAGCUCCUUGAGGCAUUGGAGGCGAGAUAUGGCGACGCUCACCUGGAACACGUCUUUCGUACGCAGCUCAAAGAUCGCGUGCAGCGCAUCAACGAAAACCUGCAGCAGUGGGCUCUAGAGGUAGAGAAGCUGGUGCGAAAAGCAUACUGCUCUGUAUCUGCGCUCAUUGAAGGGAACCUGGUGCAGACAUUCAUCAAUGGCAUCCGCGACCUGGAAGUCAGAGCUGCUGUGAGGCUCGGGCACCACGAGAUGCUUAAGGACGCCUUGGACCGUGCACUGGAGGUGCAAGCCGUGCGGCAGGAUCAUCGUUCCAAUCGCGUCAGGGAGGUUGCAGCAGCUACAGUUCGCGACCGUAAUAAUGGAUACAGCCCUAGGUGCUAUGGCUGUAGGGAAAGGGGCCAACUUCGAUCCAGCUGCCCUAAGCGAACCCUAGAAAGGGAAGGUGAAUGA